AUGGCUCAAGCCCAGUUCAGUGGGCAAAGCAGUGGUCUCACCCCAAGCCCCUCAUUAUACAGGGAGAAGCAGGAGUUCAGAGUUGUCCUGGAUCUCUUUGGAAACGAGCUGGAGGAAAGCUACAAGCUGGUGUCUGAUGCCAGGUGUACCUGUCCACAGGUGUCCCAGUACAGCUCUUCUGAAAAGCCUUCCCUGACUGCUGGGGCCCAAGAAUUCCUCAACUCCUACAUGAUCCUGGAACCCUCUCUAGAGAUCCUGCCCUCAUCCAUCCAUCCAUCCAUCCAUCCAUCCAUCCAUCCUUCCGUCCAUCCGCCCAUCCGUCCAUCCGCCCAUCCAUCCAUCCGUCCAUCUGUCCAUCCAUCCAUCCACCUAUCCACUCAUCAUUCCAACCAUUCACCCAUUUAUCCAUCCAUCAUCCACCCCCUCAUAUAUCUAUCCACGCAACUACCCAUCCAUCCUUCCAUCCAUCCACACAUCUGUUCAUCUAUUCAUCUAUCCAUUCACCCACCCACCCACCCAUUCAUCCACCCAUCCACUCACCUGUCCAUCCAUGCACCCACCCAUCCAUCCACCCACCCAUCCAUGCACCCACCUACUCAUCUAUUCAUCCAUCCAUCUCUCCACCCACUCACCCUCUCACAUAUCUAUCCAUGCAACUACCCAUUUAUCUGUCCAUCCACCCAUAUGUCCAUCCAUCCAUUCAUCUAUCCAUCCAUCCACCCACCCAUUCACUCACCUGUCCACCAUCCAUCCACCCAUCUGUCCAUUCAUCCACUCAUCUAUCCAUCCAUCCAUCGACCCAUUCCACUCACCUGUUCACUCAUCCAUCUACCCACUCCCUCAUUCCUCUGGGCCUUCUCCUACCUGGCUUCAGAAAGCAGCAGCUUGGAUGAGGAAGGGGAACUGCUGAAGGCACUGGGGCUGGGUGGCUUGGAGAAGACUCAGGGGGCUGAGAGCUGCCUCAACCUCUGA